AUGGUAGCAAUGAAGAAGCAGAAAACCAGCAACAAAGAUCGGAUAUCCGAUUUACCGGAACAUCUAACACAUCAAAUACUCAAUUACCUUCCCAUCAAUGACGCCGCGGCGACCGCCAUCCUCUCGAGUUCAUGGAAGAACUUAUGGCUAACCCUCCCCUGCUUAAGGUUAACAGAAGGUUUCUAUUCCAUUAGGCAGAAUAAUCCUACAAUCUCACAUGAACAAAUUCUCAAUAGUGUCAAUAACAUCUAUACUAGAAUGUCCAAAUGUGGUGUUAACUACAAUAACAUAACGUUAGAAGAGCUUAAACUUCAUAUCCCAAUAUUAGAUCUUAAUCCAAAUACUUACUAUGUAUCAGAAUCAUUAACUACCCAAGUAAAUAACCUUCUUGUUCGUGCAGUCAAUGAUUUCCGAGUUAAGAAGCUUAAUUUCUCAAUUGGACAACUAGAUGACUACAAUUCUGAGCUUAAUUUUACUGGUACAUACUUGCCUAUAUCUUCAUUGGGUUCAUGGAAACAAGAUAAUAUUACUGAGUUGAAAUUGAGGGGAUGUAUGCUUAAUUCUUGCGUCGAAACGAGGUGGUCUACAGUAAGGUGUUUAUGUUUAAGAUUUGUGACUAUAAAUCAGAGGGUACUUGAUAGUAUCACUAGUAACUGCAGUGUAUUAGAGUCUCUGAAAUUGGAAUUUAUCUGGGGUGAACAUGGAAUUGAAAUGGAUGUAUUACAUGCUUCUUGUCUCAAAAGACUUGUUACUCUAUGCAUUGUUGUGGGACAAAAGAAUCUUUUUAAGAGGAUUGAGUUAGAUAAUCCCAAUCUUGAACACUUCGAAUUCGACGAACAAUCAGGAGAUGAUGGGUCCUGUGUCAUCCAUGAUCUAGCUUCUAGCAAGGGGUUGAUUGAAUUGAAUAUAGUUAAUGCCAUUAUAACUGAUGAACAGUUGCGUAUGAUCAUCAGUUAUUCUCAUUUCUCCAAACUAAGGAAACUUUUUCUUAGUAGAUGUGAUGGAUUGAGGAAUGUUCAAGUUUCAAAUAGCUUUCUAGAGUCUAUAGAAUUAAUAUUCAUACAUUCUCUUUGCCCUGUUGAGGAAAUGGAGACUAUUGAUGUUCCUGCAUUGCAGUAUUUGUGCACGUCGCCUUAUAUUCCAAGAUUUAAACUUCACUUGAAGUGGUACCACAGAAAUGAACACAAUGAUUCAUUUGAAUAUGAGAACUUGAUUAAAUUUCUAGGCAACUUUAAUGUAGCAGGAGACACAGUGAAUCAUUUGGAACUGCAGUUUACAGAGAUUUUGCCAUCCGAGGUAAUAUCAUACUAUGUGGUUCCUGCUGAUAUAAGACAGACAAUAAGUUGUUCUCCCCUCCAUAGUGUCAAAGACUUGAAAAUCAACUAUGUCGCAUAUUCUUGGAAAGAAGAUGACAAGUUCGAUGGCCUCAUUGAUGGUCUACUUUGGCUUGCAUGUCCAAAGACAAUAAUUAUUAAAUUGUUUCAGCAAAGAGAUCAUGUAAUGGUGGACUCAAAAGAGCUUAAGGAAGAUGUUUGCAGCAUUACAGGGAGAAUUGUUAUUCUUGCGAACGAAUUGUUUCAGACAGAUGUUGGCGACAUUGCUUACGAGAAGUGA